ACAAGACACGUGCAUUGUAUUUCAAAUCUAAUCUAUCCUGGAUUACUUUCUAGCUAACCCUAACCCUAGCUAGGUGCAGCUAAGGGCUAGUUUGAGUCGUAUUGAUUUUAAAAGAAGAUUUUACCAUUUUUUAGGUGCGACUUUCACGACCUGUAGGCUAAGUACCGCUAUGAUUUAAGCUAGCCACCACACAGCAGACAUGCUAAUUAGCAUCCUAGCAGUGUGAUCGUUGUACCGCUGGGCUAACGCUCAUUAGCCUCCGAGCUAACAGGCUACGCUGCCGCUACAAUGGACGACUCUGGUAUUAAGAAACAGAACUGGGACGUGAAAGAGACGGAAUUAUUUCUGGAAAUUCUCAAGGAGCUGGACAUGAAGAAGUGCUUGGACGGGAGGAAAGUAAGGAAUAACAAACUGUUUAAGGUGGCACACAGGAGAAUGACAGCGGCUGGUUAUCACAGAUCUGUGGACCAGUUAAAGUUUCGCUGGAAACUUCUCAAAAGUGCGUACUACAAGUGCAAACGGGAGCCCGACUCCCCGGCCCCGACUAAAAUACAGGGCUGGUGGCGGUAUGAAAAGACAAUGAUUGCGAUCAUGGAGUCAAGACACCCUCUGAUCGGAGCUGGUGUGAACUCUGAGAGGAACGAUGAGGUGACAGAAGACUCGGAUGGUGAAGCAUCAAUGCUGCACUGGCCGCAGCCCUGCCCGGACAAUAGCACUCAGAACCUGGAUUUAAUUAUCAAAAUGGACCCUGAGAUGGAUUCGCAGCUGAAGGUCGGCUUUAUCGGUGCAGGCAACAUGGCUUUCGGCAUCGCAAAAGGCAUCUUGUCUGGAAAUGUUCUUCCUGUAAACGUCAAAGUCAGCGCACCAUCCUCCAGGAACCUGGGACGCUUUCAGGAGCUCGGCAUUGCUGUAACUCACUCCAACAUAGAGGUGAUCUGCGGCUCAGAUGUGGUCUUUGUUGCAGUCAAACCUCACCUGGUCCCACUAGUUCUCAAUGAGAUCUCACAGCAUGUCACUGACAGACACAUAAUAGUAUCUGUUGCAGCAGGAGUGACACUGGCUACAUUAGAAGAGCUCCUGCCAGAGAACUCAGUUGCCAUCCGGCUCAUGCCAAAUCUACCGUGUGUGGUUCAGGAGGGGGCUCUCCUGUUUGCGCGGGGGUCCCAUGCAAAACAGGAAGAUGGUGCUCUGCUUCGCUCCUUGUUGCAUCGCUGUGGUUUGGUGGAGGAGGGACCUGAGGCCUGGAUUGACAUCCACACCGGGGUGAGCGGGAGCGGAGUCGCCUUUGUGUACCUAUUUGCUGAAGCACUGGCAGAAGGAGCUGUUAAAAUGGGCAUGCCCAGUGCUCUGGCCCACAGCAUCGCAUCUCAGACUGUUCUGGGUGCUGGGAGAUUAUUACGUGACUCUGGGAAGCAUCCUGCUCAGCUUCGCUCUGAGGUCUGCACUCCAGGCGGAACUACAAUCUACGGGCUUCACACGCUGGAACAAGGCGGCCUGAGGGCUUCGACCAUGAGUGCCGUGGAGUCUGCCACAGAGAGAGCCAGGGAGCUCGGCCGAAAGUCAGCCGCAGGAAGCAGGAAAUAACGGCUGCUGGUCACCUUUGAAGAACUAUUAAUCCAACAUUAACUUAAAAAAAGCCCACCAACAAACUGUUAUUCUCAGUGUCACAAUGGAACACAAGGAGGAAAUAGGACUUGUCGCUAUUUUUAUUUCACUCCAUGAUUUUUCCAUAAACAAGUGCGGUACUUCUUUUUGUGUCUUUGACCACAACGAUUUGAUGUUAGCAAAAAGCAAACAUUGGUUUAACAUUGAUACCCACAAAUAAAUAAUGUGAUCAUGAUCUGUGA